CCCGAGCAGCUGCGGCACGGGGCUCGCACGGCGCUGCGUCCCAGGGCACGCAGCGAGGUGGCGGUGGAGGUCCGACGCUCGCGGGGCACUUGAGGCAAGAAAUCCUGUCGUGCAAGGUGCACGUGAGCGCUCUCUGAAAGUGAAGUGCAGUUGUGAAGUCCUGCACACCGGCCAGGCCACUCAGCCUGGAGGUUCCGGAGCAGUCGCUGAUGGGCAAGGUGCUUGGAUUCCUGAGGACAACCUGCCAGCCAGUUUUGGCUGAGGCUCAGCAGUGCUCAGCAGAACUCAUUGACAGGAAGGAGGAGAGCAGCAUGAAGAGGAAGAAGCAGCAGCUUAGGGACAGUCCCAGCACCUGGGGCAGCCCUCACGGCUUUGUUGGUUUGCACAACAUUGGGCAGACCUGUUGCCUUAACUCCCUGAUUCAGGUCUUCAUGAUGAACUUGGACUUCACCAAGAUACUGAAGAGGAUAACAGUGCCAAGGGGAGCCGAGGAGCAGAGGAGAAGUGUUCCUUUCCAGCUGCUUUUGCUGCUGGAGAAGAUGCAGGACAGUCGACAGAAAGCGGUGCAGCCCAUGGAGCUCGCCUGCUGCCUCCAGAUGUACAUCAUGCCGUUGUUUGUCCAGCAUGAUGCUGCUCAACUCUACCUCAUGAUAUGGAACCUCAUUAAGGACCAGAUCAUGGAUGUGGAUUUGGUGGAGAGGCUGCAGGCCUUAUAUAUCAUCCGGAUGAAGGAGGCUUUGGUGUGCCUUGACUGUACAGAGGAGAGCAGCAGAAACAGUAGCAUGCUGGCACUUCCCCUUUCUCUUUUUGAUAUGAACUCAAAGCCCCUUAAAACAUUGGAGGAUGCCCUGCACUGUUUCUUCCAGCCCAGGGAGUUAGCAAGCAAAAGCAAGUGUUUCUGUGAAAACUGUGGGAAGAAGACCCGUGGGAAACAGGUCUUGAAACUGACCCAUUUGCCCCAGACCUUGACAAUCCACCUCAUGCGGUUCUCCAUCAGGAACUCACGGACAGACAAGAUCUGCCACUCCCUGUAUUUCCCCCAGAGCUUGGAUCUUAACCAGGUCCUUCCCACGGAGCUAGAUCUCUGUGAUGCUGCGGAACAGGCUGGAGGACAGUACGAGCUCUUCGCUGUGAUUGCCCACGUGGGAGUGGCCGACUUUGGUCACUACUGUGCCUAUAUCCGGAACCCUGGGGAUGGAAGAUGGUUCUGCUUCAAUGACUCCAAUGUUUCUUUGGUGUCCUGGGAGGACAUCCAGUGUACCUAUGGAAACAACAACUACCGCUGGCAGGAAACUGCGUAUCUUCUCGUUUACAUGAAGACUGAGUCCUAGCAGAUAUAUUCCAAAUCUUCUACAGGCUUUUUAAAAUUUUCUCUAUUCCUGAAUCUUCUUACUCUUCUGAGAUUUUGUGAUGAGAAGAAAUAUCACCUUAAAACUGUGUAAUUACACCUUACUGUAACUGGGCAACUAUCAGAAUAUUUAACAGUGAUGCUGCACAGGUCCUGAUCAGUCAGGUGGAUUCUUUACCAGGGGACUCUAGCCAUGGGGUUGGAUAAGAACCCUGGGUGUUCCCUACUGUGCAGGACAUUAACUUCCUAGUUGGCAGAUUGUGGGGAAUUCAGGUGAUCCCAGGGGAGAGAGCAGAGGUAGGCAUUUGAGUAGCAAAGGGAUAGUGAUAGAGUUGUAAAGAAAUAGGUUAAAACUUGUGUGAUCGUACUGGUGUGUGCUAGUUGAAUAUCAGUCCUGUUUAUAAUUUUAUUUUUAGAAUCCAUGUUAAUUCUAUGAAACUCAAGUGUUUUAUAGUUAUUAUUCAUUUAUUCAGCAAAUAUUUAUUGAUCACCUGUUUUCUGUAAGGUAGUGUGCUAGGCACAGUAAUGAAUAAAGUUCUUUCCCUCAAAAGGGGUUUGCAGUUUAAUUGGCGGAAAGGGUAAUCACAGAAGGUAAAACACCGGGGGUUUGUGUUGUAAGAAUUCAAAGGAAAGUGAAACCACUUCUGUUGUGGGGCGAUAGUAAAAGCCUUCAGGCUGGAAAGGAGGUUAGGGUGGAGGAUAACCAUUUAGCAUAGCUGGAGAAGGCAGCGCUCAGGUAUUCAAGACAACUGACAACCCUGACUUCCCUAUACCCAGAAAGGCAAGGGAGCAAGUGGUGAUCAAUGGGUAGGUGUCGCUCAGAAUGUCGGGAGUCUCUCACUAGGCAAAGAAGUUUGAAUCUUAUUUAAUGGGCGAUAAGGAACUAUUGAAGGGGUUCAAAAGGAGAGAGGCACCUAGCUGUGUGACGGUGAAACCAAUCUGCUGAGGACGGGGAUAUAAGGCUAGAGCUGUUUAAGAGGAAGAUGAAUAUGGACAGUGAGAGAAGUGGCCAGGGAGAACUCAGUACCAACCGAGCAGGUGAGCAGAGGAGGUAACAUCCCAUUUUUCAGAUGACAUGAUUAAGACAUUCAGAUGUUUGAGAUUUUAUAAGUGGCAGAGUUGUAACUGCCAACAUAAAAUAUGGGUAAUUUCUUUAUUAUUUAAUUUAUUUAUUUAUUAGAGAGGUUUUUGCUAUAGGGCAUGUGUGCUCACCAGAAAGACAGAGACA